AUGGAUAAGAGACGAUGUACGAUAUUGGACUUGGCUCUGGAAAUUAAUGAUGCACGUUUGAUUAAAUCGUUCCUACUAUUCUUUGAAGAUUUUGAGAACGCCGUUUUCGCAGCUGUUCACUUUCAGUCUUUGAGACUGUUGGAGAUCGCCCUAGAAGUAAAUUCUAACUGGAAUGGUCCAACCUCUCAUUCUCGCAACACGCCGCUGCAUAAAGCAGUAUCAAUGUCAUCUUUGGAUAUAUCAAGACAUAUUUUGAUGAGCUGUGGAGGUUGGGAAGCGAGGAACUCCUUGGGAGAAACACCGUUGUUCUUCGCGGUUAAGAACAACCAAAUUGAACAGGCGAUUUUACUAAUACAAUAUGGAGCAAACGUCAGAGCGAGAGAUAAUAAUUCUAAUACUCUUCUUCAUGUUCUAUGCUCUCAAGAAGAGGGAAUAAACAUCGAAUUCUUAGAAUUCCUGUUGGAUCUGGAAUGUAAUCCCAAUGCAUUAGAUCAAGAUGGACGAACUCCUUUGCAAUUGAUUGCUAAAAAUCAAAUUGUACCUUUUGCAUUGGACUCUGCGAAAAUAUUAAUUCGUAGAGGAGCAGAUGUCAAUCUGGGAAAUGAAGCCGGCGAAACCCCUCUGCACAUAUUAGCCCAAUAUUGUGAUCCAGACAAUUUCUUCGCUCUUUUCAAUUUAUUCUUGGAAAGUGGAGUUGAUACGAAGAGUAUCACUUAUAGCAAUGAAACUUUCCUAGAUAUCUUAUUAGCCGGUGUUUGUCUUACUAGACAAAAAAAGGUUUUGAGGUAUCUGAUUCUGAAAGAUAGGGAUGGAAAAUUCCAAUUUGGGGCUAACUUAAUGUGUGCUAAGUCGUUUUAUUUCGAAUAUGAGGAGAAAUGUAGAAGGGAGUUGUGCCGGUUGGAAUCGAAAAAAAUCGAUCCAUUUCAAACACAAGAAGAGAGUUCUCUUUUAAAGAUACUCAAAUCUAAUGAAAUCCAAAUAUCGAAGCUCUGUAAAAACCCAAAUCUAAGGGCAAUCAUGUCCGAAUUGGAUGAAAGUCAAUUUCCAAUUUACGGUUUUGACCUUAGAAAUAAUUUUGAGUCAGGGUUAAAACUAUUCCACGAAGAAGAGCAAGUUCUUGAAUUUUUGUAUGUAAUAUCAAACGGAGUCCUUGAUUAUGAUUCCAUGAUCGUCAUAAUGAAAUAUAUUCCACUGCAGGAACUAGAAUCUUUAGUGUUGAAAAGAAAUCAGGAAAAUUUUACAAGCAGGGACUACACAGUGGUAUUCUCUCUUCUAUUUAAUGGAGCGAAACCUAUGUCCAAGUGUGUAAUGGAUAAGAGACGAUGUACGAUAUUGGACUUGGCUCUGGAAAUUAAUGAUGCACGUUUGAUUAAAUCGUUCCUACUAUUUUUUGAAGAUUUUGAGAACGCCGUUUUCGCAGCUGUUCACUUUCAGUGUUUGAGACUGUUGGAGAUCGCCCUAGAAGUGAAUUCUAACUGGAAUGGUCCAACCUCUCAUUCUCGCAACACUCCGCUGCAUAAAGCAGUAUCAAUGUCAUCUUUGGAGAUAUCAAGACAUAUUUUGAUGAGCUGUGGAGGUUGGGAAGCGAGGAACUCCUUGGGAGAAACACCGUUGUUCUUCGCGGUUAAGAACAACCAAAUUGAACAGGCGAUUUUGCUAAUACAAUAUGGAGCAAACGUCAGAGCGAGAGAUAAUAAUUCUAAUACUCUUCUUCAUGUUCUAUGCUCUCAAGAAGAGGGAAUAAACAUCGAAUUCUUAGAAUUCCUGUUGGAUCUGGAAUGUAAUCCCAAUGCAUUAGAUCAAUAUGGGCGAACUCCUUUGCAAUUGAUUGCUAAAAAUCAAAUUGUACCUUUUGCAUUGGACUCUGCGAAAAUAUUAAUUCGUAGAGGAGCAGAUGUCAAUUUGGGAAAUGAAGCCGGCGAAACCCCUCUGCACAUAUUAGCCCAAUAUUGUGAUCCAGACAAUUUCUUCGCUCUUUUCAAUUUAUUCUUGGAAAGUGGAGUUGAUACGAAGAGUAUCACUUAUAGCAAUGAAACUUUCCUAGAUAUCUUAUUAGCCGGUGUUUGUCUUACUAGACAAAAAAAGGUUUUGAGGUAUCUGAUUCUGAAAGAUAGGGAUGGAAAAUUCCAAUUUGGGGCUAACUUAAUGUGUGCCAACUCGUUUUAUUUCGAAUAUGAGGAGAAAUGUAGAAGGGAGUUGUGCCGGACAAAUUUUCAUUUUGAAGAAAAGUUGAUUCGACCAGGGGCCCCUGAGGACCUCGAGGCCCUUCACUUCAGCGUACUAAGCGUACCGGUUGAUACGCCUCUAUGUUAA